AUGUCAGGCAACUUUGACUCUGCACGCACCGUAUUCCCUUCCAUCAUCUUCAUCCUCACUCCUAUCCUCGGCGUUGGUUCGCUCCUUUGCUGGACCCUCAUUGCCCAUCGACGCGGCACCCUCGUCGGUCAGACCAAUGCCCGUGGUCCGCUGUGGCGUAGUCCAUUCCGCAUCCCCGACGAGGAUCUAGAAGACAAGAACAAGGUCAAACCGCCUUUUCUCGAGACAUGGAUAUCCUCUGGUGACGAAAAGUUGAGAAGUGUCGUGAUGGGAAACAUCAUGCCUCUAGCCAUGCAAGCUGAAAGUGGCGAGGAAGCAAAACCGAAAUCGUCUAAGGAUCCGAGUACGGACGAAGAAGACCAAGACGACGAACCAUAUAUGAUGACAGUCUUCAUUUCCAUGCCUUCUGAAGCCCAUCCACGUCAUUUUUACCACAGUAAACAGCGAACGUCGGCGAAAGAGGAGGAUUGGCGAGAAGACACCAGUCUCACUAUUGGCACUGCCCACGUAGUCAUCACAGGCCCAAUCGCUUGGACGACAUCUACAAUCAAGAACACGAAGCAAAAUCCAAGUUCGACUCCAGCGGCGAUCACGGGCAACGCCAUUCCGAAUAGUUAG